CUACUUUAGCCUUCUGACCCGGAAGCAGUCGUCCUCCGUCAGUUUCAUAUCUGAACCUGCUCUAAACCAUAGCCAAAAAACACGUAUAUUUUAUAACGUUAACUGGUCGUGGUUUUGUUCGACUUUGUGGGUUAUAUUGAGUCGUAACUCACGUUGUUUAUUUGCUGAGGUUUAGUAUGUGACUACUUCGGAUUCCCUUGUAAAGUAAAUAAUUAAACGAACACUCCGUGUGUUUACAACUUCUCACAUAACUGGGUCGGUGACUGCUUAAUCAUGGGAAAGUCCUUUGCGAACUUCAUGUGCAAGAAAGAUUUUCAUCCUGCUUCAAAAUCUAAUAUCAAAAAGGUAUGGAUCGCCGAACAGAAAAUAACCUUCGAAAAAAAGAAGCAAGAGGAUCUCCUGUCUGCUUACACGAAGGAACAGGAGAUCUACAACAACCGAGUGUUAAUGGGAGAUGAUCGCGUUAAGAAUGGUCUGAACUUCAUGUAUGAGGCUCCACCCGGAGCUUCCAAAGAGGAAACCAAGGAGGAGGGGGAGUCAGAGUACAAGUUUGAGUGGCAGAAGGGCGCACCAAGAGAGAAAUAUGCGAAAGACGACAUGACUAUAAGAGAUCAGCCAUUUGGAAUCCAAGUGCGAAAUGUGAGGUGCAUCAAAUGCCACAAAUGGGGCCACGUGAACACGGACAGAGAGUGUCCUCUGUUUGGGCUGUCGGGGAUCAACGCCAGCGCUGCCCCCACUGAAGAAGCAGCAGGUCCGUCGAUGCACCCCUCCGAGUUAAUGGCAGAGAUGCGAAACAGUGGGUUUGCCCUGAAGAAAUGUGUCCUUGAUAGAAACGCAACGUUUUGUGAUCCAUCGCAGGAAUACGUAGCGAGUGAGGAGGAGGAGGACCCGGAGGUAGAAUUCCUCAAGUCUCUCUCCACCAAGCAGAAGCAGAAGCUCCUACGGAAGCUCGAUCGGCUGGAGAAGAAGAAGAAGGCCAAGAAAAGCAAGAGCAGGAAGCAGAAGAAGAAGAAGGAGAAGAAGAAGGAGAAGAAGGGCAAACGGAAGCACAAGAAGAGUCAGGAGAGCGGCAGCAGCGACAGCUCCAGUGACUCCAGCGACGGCUCCGGGGACUCCUCCAGUGACUCCAGUGACUCUGACUCCAGCAGUGGCCACGGCAAGACAGACAAGAGGAAGAAGAAGAGCAAGAAGGGGAGGAAGACCAGGGCCGGGGAGUCCUCCACGGAGGCGCUGGCCCAGGGAGAGAAGCACCCGACGACUGAGAGCAACAGAGGCACCUCCUGCAGGAGGCCAGAGGAGGGGAGAGAGGAGGGGAGAGAGGAGGUCGGGGACCCUCGUAGCGGACCCCCCAGGGCGGAGGUCAAUCUCAAGCAGGAGGGCAGUCAGACGAGGGAGAGGCAGGCCAGAAGAGAAGGGCAGAGAGAGGGGGCCAGCUCCAGGAUAGAGCAGGACCUCAGGAGAGGACCGGACCGAGGCAGAGAGGAUGGAGGUAACGACGGAGUCGACGGGGGUAAAGAUGGGGCUCACGGUAGAGACAGAGGCGACAGAGGUAGCGACAGAGGUGACACGGGUAAAGAUGGGGCUCACGGUAGAGACAGAGGCGACAGAGGAAGAGACAGAGGUGACACGGGUAAAGAUGGGGCUCACGGUAGAGACAGAGGUGAUGUCGAGGCUCACCGUAGAGACAGAGACCGAGGGGACCGAGGUAGAGACGGAGGUGACGGAGGAAGAGAUGGGGGUCACGGUAGAGACAGAGGUGACGGAGGUCGAGACAGGGGUGACGGAGGUCGAGACAGAGGGGAUGGAGGUCGAGACAGAGGGGAAGGAGGUCGAGACAGAGGUGACGGAGGUCGAGACAGAGGUGAUGGAGGUGGGAGGAGCUGGGAAGGGAGAAGAGAACGAGAGGAGAGAAGGAGGAGUAGGAGCCCAAGCAGGAACAGAGAGGGAAAAGACAAGGGCUCCCAUAGAAAAUGAUUCGUUUUCGGUAUUUUCUAAAACUUUUCAAACAACUUUUCAAAUGUCGUCGUUUUAUUUGAAAGGGCAUUUUAUCGGCUACCUUUGGUCAACAGUUAACGCUACCACUGUCGUUUCACUUUCGCGGAAAUGUAUAAGGCGGUAUAUUUACUGUCAGUAGAGGGCAGCAAAGGACAGAAAAUGAUUACGGCGGACUGGGCUGCAGCCGACAGACGUCUGCUAAUUGAUUACUAAAUAGCGAAACUAAAUCGCAGCGUUUUUUUGAUGCCUUGGUCAAUUCGGGUUUUUUUUUAGUAGGGAAUCCGUUUCAAAUGUCGUGUGUUCAUAAAUGCUGAUAAAAGCUGUAUUUUUAUUCUGCAUGAGCGACCUAUGGACAUGUGGUUGCUGAAUGAUGUUUAAAUUAUGUAUUUUGGCGUUCGAUAAUCCAAAAUAAAUUAUCUGGAAGUUUUGAUUUGAA